CACUGAGUAAUGCAGACAACAUCUUAAGUAAACUCAAAUUUGUUGAGAGAACACAGAGAGAAGCUUUGGUGUUUGUGAACAUCUGACAUAUACAAUGGGCCUUUCAGGAUCCAGGCACAAACCUGAAGCACGGAUCCUCCUCCUAGGGCUUGACGGAGCUGGAAAAUCAACACUUCUUUACAAACUGAAGUACAAUGAGGACUUCCACACAGUUCCUACAGUUGGAUUCAAUGUUGAAAUGAUUGAAGCGAAGAAGAACAGGGACAAAAUCACGCUGACCGUGUGGGACAUUGGAGGGCAGAUUAAGAUGCGAACGCACUGGAGGAAUUUUUACCAAGACACAGCUGGAAUUGUGUUCGUUGUGGACUCUUCUGAUAUCAAGCGUCUAGACGAGGCCAAGAGUGUGCUGGAACAGACCUUAAAGAGUGACCACCUCAGGGGACUCCCGGUGGUGGUUCUUGCCAACAAGCAAGAUAUUGUAGGAGCUGCAAUGGUAACCGAGAUCACAGAGCAGUUUAACCUGAUAAAGAGUUGCAGUGACCGAGACUGGUUCAUUCAGCCGUGUUCGGCGCUGACUGGAGCGGGUCUGGUGGAUGGCUUUAGACGAGUGGCACACCUGGUGAAAAUAACACCUGAGGACAAUAACAUCAAAGAGUCUGUGAAGUAACAAACCAAAGGAUGAGGACAGUAGUUUUCUGUGCCAUCCAUGGUAAAUACAGGAAUAUCCUUCAUGAAGAUGUGUGAGAAAAGCUUCCCAGUGUCAGUAAAGGUGGUGUGGUCAGGAAUUCUGCUGUUUAUGUGAAAUCUGAAGGAACAUCUCCCAGCAUUCUACUACGAUGUUGCCCUGAUGAUUGAGGUUGUUUUUCCUGACUUUCCUGCCUCUUUGUUGUUGUACAUGGAAUGAUAAUUUUCUUGAUUGUUUUUUGUUUUUGUUUUAAGUGUGUAUGUUAGUAAUCCUAUAUGUUAUGGGGACCAAAUGACUCCACAAGGAUAGU